CAGGAGUUUUCCCUGGCGACACUGCACCUGCCAUUUACCAACCUGGAAGAAUCGCGGUCAACAGUAAAGGCUCGGGACAAAACUCGAGUAGAGCCGAACACUGAACGAACCCCCUCCCUCUCCAAUCCUCCUCCUUCAGUCGUGGUGCAAGCAGCCAUGUUGCCGCGAGCUUGUUCCGGUAUCAGGGCAGGAUCGUGCGCAUAGACUGCAUUCGGGCGCAGCUCCUCUCCUCGCCUCUCCCCCUGUCGCCCGUGGCACGCACCUCCGAACAAGAAAACCCCAGUAUACCGAUAAUGGAUUUUACAACUUGAUGAUUCUUCCUUCAGUCGGCUGGUCACAGGAAUAAUAGCAGUCGGUGUACCGACAGGACGAACUGGUAUAUCGCCUCACUGCAGUGCAGCAGUGGUGAACGACCUUAUUCCAAUCACGCAACAGAAGGAAGAGCGCCGGUGAUUUCCGUGGAUUUUGAGUUUUGUGGGUUGCUCUGUGGCAGUCACCGCCGCUGCGGCCGCUGGAAGAUAAGCUAACUAGCUAGCUCUGCUUCCGAAGAAACCCUGAAUUAGCUAGCUACAUGGGCUAAUAUCGGCCAGCCAGUGAGCCAGCGCAACAAAUUAAUUCGUGUUUCUCACCUGCCAUGUGACCAUUUUACAUGGUUGCUUUUAUUCUUUCGGAUACUCUGCCGUGGAUGUCUCGCUGGGAACAUUUUGAAUUGUUUUGCGUGAGUUGGGAAGGUCGAGACCUCGCCGGGAAUAACUUUGGCCUGAAAGUUUGUAGACCCCGGACCUGGUUUCAAAGCUGAAAGGAAACGUCUCAGACACAAAAAGAGAAAGACAGACGACGCAACUGCGUUAUGAAAACGACGCUGGAUGUACAUUUGUUGUAGAUUUCGGCGACAGUCGGGGCUUCCUCAGACGUUAGUUAGCAACCUUACAGGUUAGCAUGUUAGCCACUUAAUUGAACCUUGUCUCGUUCAGUACAACCAUUGCCCAACUUUUCUUCUAGCUAGCCCAAGUAGCUAGCUGGCCAAAACGUCACAGCAUCAGGUUGUUAGCUCGCUGGCCACCAUCGACGCUGAUAAAUGCUAAUUGGGAACUGGAUGUUUUCACACCGCGACCGAAGCUGAAGAAGACAUUUGCUUUUUCCUGUUUUGCUGCUUGUUGACAAACAUGGGACGUGCGGUUGGUGCUAGCUAGUUUCUAGCUAGCUGGCUAACUCGGCUAGCCGCUGAUGUGGGAUUCAACUUGUUGAUUCACGGGCUAUUUGUCGUACUGCUAGCUGGCUAGCACUGGAUGUCUGUUGGAAAUUUCCCUCUGCCACCAACUGCCCAAGUUUUAAAUGCACAAUAGACACUGAAGAAUCGUUCUUGUUUCACUGCUCCGUUCCCCUUUUUGGCAACCCCAAGUCUUUCAAAAAUGUCAACAAGGACCCCAUUGGUGCAAGUCAUUGAGAAUUCGACUGGACAGGAGUCCAAGUCUGGCCGGUCCAGCAUGCCGCGAUGUCGGAACUCUGUCGCAACGACCACAUCAGAUGAACAGCCACACAUUGGUAACUAUAGGUUGCUCAAAACCAUCGGCAAAGGCAACUUCGCCAAGGUCAAACUGGCACGACACGUCCUCACCGGAAAAGAGGUGGCUGUAAAGAUCAUUGAUAAGACACAGCUCAACUCCUCCAGUUUGCAGAAGCUCUUCCGGGAGGUGAGGAUCAUGAAGAUGUUGAAUCACCCCAACAUAGUCAAGCUCUUUGAGGUGAUAGAGACAGAGAAGACUUUGUACCUGGUAAUGGAGUACGCUAGUGGAGGAGAGGUCUUUGAUUACUUGGUCGCCCAUGGCAGGAUGAAGGAGAAAGAAGCCCGUGCCAAAUUCAGACAGAUUGUGUCAGCGGUGCAGUAUUGCCAUCAGAAGUGUAUAGUACACAGAGACCUCAAGGCGGAGAACCUGCUGCUGGAUGCAGAUAUGAACAUCAAGAUAGCGGACUUUGGCUUCAGUAAUGAGUUUACUCUGGGGAACAAGCUGGACACGUUCUGUGGCUCCCCGCCCUACGCAGCCCCAGAGCUCUUCCAGGGCAAGAAGUAUGAUGGGCCUGAGGUGGACGUUUGGAGCCUGGGGGUCAUCCUCUACACACUGGUCAGCGGCUCGCUGCCUUUCGAUGGACAGAACCUUAAGGAACUGAGAGAGCGUGUGCUGCGUGGUAAAUACAGGAUCCCCUUCUACAUGUCUACCGACUGUGAGAACCUGCUCAAGAAGUUCCUCAUCCUGAACCCCUCUAAAAGAGGCAGCCUCGAGCAGCAGAUAAUGAGGGACCGGUGGAUGAAUGUGGGCUACGAGGAGGAAGAACUAAAACCCUACAUUGAACCCCAGCCAGACUAUAAGGACCCCAGGAGGACAGACAUCAUGCUGCAGAUGGGAUUCUCUCAGGAGGAGAUCCAGGACUCGCUGGUGAACCAGAAGUACAAUGAUGUAAUGGCUACAUACCUGCUACUGGACUAUAGGAACUCUGAGCUGGAUGAAGGUUGCAUCAAGCCUCGACCAGGAAGUGAUGUAAGCAACAUAAACGCCCCCUCCCCGCCUCAUAAGGUACAGCGCAGUGUCUCGUCCAACCAGAAGCCUCAGAACCGCAGAACUACCGACCAGGGCUCCUCGUACUCUAAGAGGGGGGGUCAAGCAGACAACCGGACUGCAGGGGAGGAUUCUGGGAGGAAGGGUUCGUCAGGCAGCUCCACUACUAAGGUGCCGGCCAGCCCUCUUGUCUCCUCUGACCGCAAGAAGAGCGCCACGCCCUCCACCAAUAGCAUCCUGUCCACCGGUACUGGUCGCAGUCGGAACUCUCCUCUGACCGAGAGAGCCACGCUGAGCCAGGGCAUCCAGAACGGCAAGGACAGCCUAAACACUCCGGGCUCCCGCGCCUCUACUGCCUCGGCCGCUGCCGUCCUCUCCUCCUCCUCCUCGCGUCCCCGCCACCACAAGUCCCUGUCCUCCUCCAAUCAUCCAUGCCCCUCUGACCUGCACGCACCACGGCCCAGUGCCCCACCUCAACGGGCGCCCGGUGCCUCCCCAUCUGCCCACAACAUCAGCAGCGCUGCCGUGUCAGACCGUACCAACUUCUCUAGAGGGGUGGGCAUCCGCAGCACGUUCCACGCUGGCCAGCAGCGAGGUGCCCGGGACCAGCAAGGCUCCGCCUAUCCUGGCGGGCCUGCUUCCCCAUCACUUUCACACGGCAACAGCCAGGCCCGGAGGACACAUGGCGCCACAGGGAUUUUCAGCAAGUUCACAUCCAAGUUUGUACGCAGAAAUCUCUCGUUCAGGUUUCCGAGAAGGAGUCCGUAUGAGGGAGAGGGUCGGGAUGAGGGGAGCAGGUCCAUGCUGAGCAGUACAGUGGACAAGUCGGAAAAGACAUCCGGUGGCGUUCUCUCCUCCUCUUCCAACAACGAUGAGAACAACUCCUCACCAGGAUCUGGAAACACCGGUGGCACCGGCACUCCUCCGGCCAUCGCCAGCCAGAAGGACUCGGCCAAGCCCCGCUCGCUGCGCUUCACCUGGUCCAUGAAGACCACGUCGUCCAUGGAGCCCAUGGAGAUGAUGCGCGAGAUCCGCAAGGUGCUCGACUCCAACAGCUGCGAGUACGAGCUGCGCGAGCGCUACAUGCUGCUGUGCGUCUCGGGCAACCCGGCGCGCGACGACUUCGUCCAGUGGGAGAUGGAGGUGUGCAAGCUGCCGCGGCUCUCCCUCAACGGCGUGCGCUUCAAGCGGAUCUCGGGCACGUCCAUCGCCUUCAAGAACAUUGCCUCAAAGAUUGCCAACGAGCUCAAACUGUGAGUGCGGAGGAGCAGUGAGGAGAGAUGAGAUUAAAGGGUGGAGGAGGUGGGAGGAUGAAGGGGGUGAUAGCGAGGAUGAAGAUGAUGCUGUAGGUGGGGUGGGGGCACUGUGGAGGUCAGGAGGUAAGCUAAAGGGUGGGAUCACUUUAAAAAUAACACGAUUGUUAUCUGGACAAAGGUCUGACGUAGGGCUAUUGGUUCUCUGAGACUAGAAAACGUUCUCCUUUUCUAGAAGUUUUGUUCCUUCAGUUCUUGAGGCCCUGCGAGUAGAAACUCUGAGCUGAUCUGCUCUGAGUUGUGAAGUACUUACAGACCGAGGUCUUCUCAUCCUGCUGGGGUUCUUUUUGUUUUGUUUUUUUGUUUGUUUUUUUGUCACGUUCUACUUAGACGUUCCACUCUUCUGCAUGUCCGAUCUGCUCCCUCUGUUUUUUAGGAGUCACACUUUGAUCACUUUGACCACUCCUGUCACUUCUUCCUGCUAUUUAUUCCGUUUCUCUGCACGGUUCUGCUGCCAGGUCUUUUGGGGUAGGGAGGGGGGACACCGGGUGAAAAUGGGGGUUGGAUGGAGGACAAAGAAAGCGGAGGAAUGCUGAAAAAAAAAAAAAACGCUCUACUUUCUCUCUGAACGAUUGACAGAAAGUUUGGAGCCUUAUUUUGCUGGAAAACUCAAAAGAGUUUUGAUUGAAUUUGUUCUGAUUGUUCCUCCAAAACUGAAUGGACUCCAACUGAGCCAGGACUUUGGCUGCUGAAGCCCACUAUCACACACAUUAACACACACACACACACACACACACACACACACACACACACAGCGACACAUGUUUUCUGGAUGGACAAACUCUGCUGUCGUUGGUUAAAGGACCCUCUCCACCCUCCACCUGCCCGCCCAAACCUCCCCUCCCGCCCUGAAAUUAACUUUUGAUCCAUCCUUCCACCACAUCCCUCCUCCCCUCACAUGCACACACACACGUACACACUCACACUCUUCACCUCCCUCUCUUCCUCUAAUUUCAGACUGAAUUCAGCACAAACACAUCCAUCUUUUCACCUCAUCACUCCCUUUUUCUUCCUCAUUUUUAAUUUCUCUCGCGCCAUCGAGUCCGAGGAGGCCAGUUAAGACUUGAUGUCAUCAUUGAUCAUACGGGCUGCAACUUUGAGUCCGUACUUGUUAUUUUUUAUUUAGUUUCUUCUUAUUUUAAGGCUUUUAAAAAGAGUUGUGCACUGGAAAAGGGGGGCAUAUUGGAACCUGGGGAGGGAAGGACAGUUCGCGGACGGGGCUGUUGAUGGAUUUCAUGUUGCCUUUCUUUGAAGAAUUAAAUUUGGGGUUUGUUUUUGUUGCAUAUGUCUGCACAUAAAUGCUCCAAUGAUGAUGAGUUAAUUUGUAUGUUUUGUUUUUGAAAUGUUGGUAUCACUUUGGUUGGCUUCACGCCUUCAUAUCCAGAAUGUCAACCCUGAACCGACGCAUUUCUCUUCUUCUUCUUUUUUUUCUUUUCUUUUUGUUUUUCGUUUCCUUCCCUCAUCACGCUCUCUGCUACACGUUCCCAAAGAGCAAACACACAACAAAAAGGUGUCAUUGGAGUAUGUAACAAACAGUAUGUGUGUGUGUGAAUUAAUUAUAAAAGAUCACUGAAAAAAAAAAAAAAAAAAAAAAAAAGAAACAAAAAGAAA